UCUCUCUCUCUCUUUUUGGCUUAACCAGCACUCCACACACUCUCUCUCUCUCUCUCUAAAAAUUUUCUCUCUCUUUCUCGCUGUUUCUAUUUUAUCCGAGAAAAUUCGUGAUACGCAUUGGUGAUUCUCAGUGCACGUUUGGCUCCUCAGAUCUUUGUCUAUCGAUUGGUUUUGCAAUCAAAGAUGGGCUAUAUGUGAUGUAGAUGUAAAACAAAAUGGAUUAAUAUUGACACGUGGCCGUCUUAUGCUUGGAGUUCCAGUGGAAGUUUGCAACAUGUUGAUAGAUUCUUCAUUGGUUUUCCAUCGCUCCUAUAAUGAAAAGUGGAUUUUUUAUGACAUCAAAUGCUCCUUGCUAUGUUGUGGAACUAUAAAAUCUCUAGAAGCUAGUUUCAGACACUGUGCUGACAGUGUAGACACCUCUGUAUGGAGGUUGAUUGAAUUCCAUUGAACGAUUUCUGACUACAAUUUUCUGCACCUGUAAUUAUGGAAAGAUAUAAAAUUUUGGAAGAGCUUGGAGAUGGUACUUGUGGUAGUGUAUAUAAGGCCUGGGAUAAGCAAACAGGCGAGAUUGUUGCUGUCAAGAAAUUGAAGAGAAAGUUUUACUUUUGGCAAGAACACACAAAGUUACGUGAACUCAGGGCUCUUCGUAAAUUGAAUCAUCCCAAUAUCAUAAAACUGAAUGAGGUUGUCAGGGAAAACAAUGAACUCUUCUUCAUUUUUGAAUACAUGGAUUGUAAUCUUUACCAACUAAUGAGAGACCGACAAGGAUCCUUUUCAGAAGAGGAGAUCCGUAACUUUAUGUCUCAAUUGCUGCAUGGACUUAAUCACAUGCACAGAGAUGGAUAUUUUCAUCGGGAUCUAAAACCUGAAAAUUUGCUGGUGACAAAUGACCUUCUAAAAAUUGCUGACUUUGGACUGGCUAGAGAAGUGUCAUCAAUGGGUCCUUAUACUGAAUAUGUUUCCACACGGUGGUACCGGGCACCGGAAGUUCUGUUGCAGUCUUCGUCCUACACUCCUGCAGUUGACAUGUGGGCAGCUGGGGCGAUACUGGCUGAGCUUUUCACUUUAUCCCCUAUUUUCCCUGGUAAAAGUGAAAUAGAUCAAUUGUGUAAGAUAUGCAAUGUACUUGGUAUGCCGGACCUGACUAUUUUCCCUGAAGGGACGAACACUUCUCGAUUACUCGGCAUUUUUAGUUAUGAAGAGAUUUCAGCCGCAAACCUUUCCGAUAUCAUUCCAAAUGCUAGUUCAGAAGCUAUUGACUUGAUUUUGCGACUAUGUUCAUGGGACCCUUCAAAGAGGCCAGCUGCAGAUGAAGCAUUACAACAUCCUUUUUUCCAUGUGGGUUGGGUUCCUUAUCCACUUCGUGAUCCACUUGAGCUGAAACUGAGCAACACUGGAGCAAAGCCUAAUCUAGAGUUGAAUUUAUGGGGCUUUGGUCAUGAACCUGAGGACUGUUUUCUUGGCUUGACGUUGGCUGUGAAGCCCAGUGCUUCAAACUUAGAAGUGUUACAUAAUGUUUCUCGGGGUAUGAUGGGAGAGGACAUACUGUUUUGUUCUGGUUUAAAGGAUGAUUCAGAUCAGUCAGUUUUUUGGCCACUAAUUACUCCUGAUCGAAAUAGAAUUCAACCCCCUGUGGAAUCUUCCUUAUCCUUAUCUUUCAGUUCAAUUCAACAUCCAUCAAUAGGAGUUCCACAAUCUGCAGGGUUCUCCAUUUCUUCUCUGCAGCCUAAUAUCUUAGAUGGCCCAUUUUUGGCCAUUUCCUCCCCCUGCCAGAAAAGUCACUGCCUAUGAGUGACUAAGUUAAUAAACUGAAAUUUUCAGGUAAUUUGGGGCUGUAAAUUAUUUAUUUUCUUUAUGUAAAGCUCUAUCACAGUUACAGUUUCUGCCAUUGCAUUACGAUACUGUAGAAUGUAUUUACAGAGAAUAUUAUAAGAGGUAAUUUUUAUAGAUUCCGUGAUUACAUUACAUCCCUUAA